AGCUUUGCAGUUCACGCAAUAUGGCGCAACCAUACCACCAAGGACAGGAUUCAAUCUUGAAUAGCACUGGCAGUUACACACAACUGCAACAGCAACCACAAUCUAACGUCGCCCACUCAUUCACUCGAAAAACUGGCGCAAUACGAUCGCGGGAUUGGGAACCCGACAUGGCUAAACCUGGCUCGUCGCGUUUACGAAGAGAAAUCCCAUUCAUGUCUGCCUCCGUGGCAUCCAGUACGAUAAACCGAUUCCUCGCAAUUCGAGUUAGGGAGGAGGGCUUUGAACGUGCGGAGACUGCAGCGCUUGUGCGGUUAGAGAUGGAGGUUACAGCUUUCAUCGAACAAAUAUUCUCCCGCGCCAAAGCGUUCGCAGACAACUCAGCACGAGGCCGACCAACAGCCGCGGACGCAAUCGCUGCAGUCCAGGAAUACGACCUCGACAUCGCGGAACUCAAGCAAGAAGUUAAGGAGAGCAAAAAGCGAGCUCGGAAACGGAAACGUGCAGGCGAACCAGACCAGUCUUUGAACCUUGAACUAGUCCCUCCUGAACGACGAUCAAGUUCCCCUGAGUUACUAGCAUCGGACGACGAAAAUACUCCACCCGUGGUACCACAAACUCUCCGUUCACUUCCAACGCAUCUCCCACCACUUCCUCCGAAACACACAUACUUACAAACACCUGUCCCGCCACCGAAGAAACAGGCGUUACCUUCACUUGAAAAGAAGCUCGAGAACGCUGCGUUAGUACAAGAGUCUUUACGGAACUUAUUAUUGGCGACCGAGGUUAAUGCCGAUGCCAAUGACAAGGAGCUGUUUGGUGGAGUUGUGAACUGGGAAGCAACGAAGUACCCGCGGAAGAAAUGGAAGAUUGGUGGUAGCUGAUGCCUGGUCUGGCUAGUGUUGAUUUCAAUAACCUACAAGCAAAUCUAGAGCAUACAGCCUCUCGGGAAACAUGGGUCUAUAUCCAGCCAAUGUGGGAUUUCUUAUUAGCAGGUUGUAUGGUCGUGUGUAUUUCAGG